GCGGCGGCGGGCGAGAGGUUUAUGUUGAAGAUGCUUCCCUAGAACUGAAGACUGAAAUUACUGUUCUCUCAAAAUUUUGGGCGGAUUAUCAAAAAUCGGAGUCAACCACCAAAACACUUUCUUCGGACUUAGUGGCCUGCUUGGGUGCCUUUGUCUUCUGUUCCCCGGCUUCUCUUCCACCAUGGAUACUGAGUCAACCUACUCUGGAUAUUCCCACUAUUCAGGUCACUCCAAAAAGGCCCAGAGACAAGGAAGUCGGGACAGGCACAAAUCACCACGAAGUAAAGAUGGAAGCCGAUCAGAGAAAUCUGUUACCAUUCAAGCGCCAACAGCAGAGCCAUUGCUGGGGAAUGAUUCUUCUCGGGCAGAAGAAGCUCAGGAUGACAACUGGGGUGAGACCACAACUGCCAUCACAGGUACCUCUGAACAUAGCAUGUCCCAGGAGGACAUUUCCAGGAUCAGCAAGGACUUGGAGGACAGCGUUGGCGUAGAGUGCAAGCGCUAUUUUCUCUUGACGUUGGCUGCUGUUCUGGGACUCCUCGUCUUCCUCACCCCUGUUGCCUUCAUUCUGCUCCCGCAGAUCCUGCGGAGGACUGAGUUAGAGCCAUGUGGCACUGCUUGUGAGGGACUCUUCAUCUCUGUGGCUUUCAAACUCCUCAUCCUCUUGAUUGGCACCUGGGCUCUCUUCUUCCGCCAGCCCAAGGCUGACCUCCCCAGGGUGUUUGUCUUUCGCACCCUCAUUUUGGUCCUCUUAUUUCUGCUGGUGUUUUCUUACUGGCUCUUUUAUGGCGUCCGCAUUUUGGAAUCCAAGGACAUCAGUUACCAGGGGAUUGUACAGUUUGCUGUGUCGCUGGUGGACGCUCUUCUUUUUGUCCACUAUCUCGCCAUUGUGGUGCUGGAACUGAGGCAGCUGCAACCAAUGUUCACGGUCAAGGUGGUUCGAUCGACAGACGGAGAAUCACGCUAUUAUAGCCUGGGACACUUGAGUAUCCAGCGUGCUGCUUUAGUCGUUCUGGAAAAUUACCACAGAGACUUUUCUGUCUACAACCCACUGUUGUUAACAGCUUCCAAAGCACGUGCAGAGAAGCACAUGGCGGGUCUGAAGGUCUACAAUGUCGAUGCUGCCCUUGUGGCCAAACUGAAAAUGCAUUUAGCAGAUGGGCCAGAUAACAGUGCAGCGGGGCAGUCCAGGGCCAUGAUUGCUGCUGCAGCGCACCGCAGAGACUCCAGUCACAAUGAGCUCUAUUACGAAGAAGCAGACCACGAGCGCAGGGUCCGAAAACGUCGAGCAAGGCUUGUGGUAGCAGUUGAAGAAGCUUUCACCCACAUUAAGCGCCUUCAGACAGAGGAGCAGCCGAAAGCCCCAGGUGACGUGAUGGAUCCCCGCGAGGCAGCUCAAGCCAUCUUCCCCUCCAUGGCAAGAGUGCUGCAGAAGUACCUCCGCACUACAAGGCAGCAGCACUACCAUACCAUGGAGAGCAUCCUGCAACAUCUGGCCUUCUGCAUUGCCAACAACAUGACACCAAAGGCUUUUCUGGAACGAUACCUCAGUCCAGGCCCAACCCUGCAGUACAACAAAGAUCGUUGGGUCUCCAAACAUUGGACGCUGAUUAGUGAGGAAGCUGUUACAAAAGGAUUAAGAGAUGGUAUUGUGUUCGUCCUCAAGUGCUUGGACUUCAGCCUUGUUGUUAAUGUGAAGAAAAUUCCAUUUAUCAAACUCUCAGAGGAGUUUGUAGACCCCAAAUGUCAUAAGUUUGCCCUUCGCUUGCAGUCUGAAACAUCAGUCUAGCUUAGAGGCCAUAAACAUGUCUAGAUGAUGAGAAGGUAAUUUCUGACUUCAUGCUUUCAGGUGUGUGGUUUUUUUGGGGGGGGGUGUUGCUUCAUUUUUGUUCAGCUUGAAACGCAACAGACGAUGGACCGUCCACACUUAUCUGGAAAGAGAGUGGAGGAGGGUCUCUUUUGACAGAUCUGAAGAGCUCACGGAUUGGGCUGGGCAUGUUCAUUGGUUCAUGUACACUGCAGAGGCCUGUAAGCCCAUGUAGUGUUCUGCUUCUGCCUGCCACCCUGCCUUAGAUCUCCUGGUGUGUAUGUGGUACUUCUGUUCCACCCCAGACUGCCUCUGUAUGCCUCAACAAACAGCUUUUCACAAACUCUCAUAAGCUUGCUUGGCUCUUGGCAGUCAUCUCUGUGGCUCAGUUCAAACCUUAUACAAAGCCAUGGUUUACGGAACUGAAAACUGUGGUUUGAACUUCCAAACAUAUGGUAGGCAGUUCACGGUUUGAAGCAGCCCACUUGCCUUCGCUUUCAGUUCUCCAGCAUUCAGUAUAUAAAUUCAUUCCCAUGUUGCAUAUACUGCCCCAGCUUCUGGAAGGGAAGAGAUGCCUUCAAUUGUGAUUUGUCAAUGCAGACAUUGCAUUGUAUUAAAAUGGUUAAAGCUUCCUUCCCAUGGUUUGUUAGGAUGCCAGAACUGAGCUUCUGUGAAUGGGAUUUUCAGUUAUUGCUGUUGGGCACUAUCUGAUGUGGGAAGAACAUUCUGCUUCUGAAAUAAGGUAAUUUAUGUAUUUUGAAGGGAAUUGCAUCUACAUAACUCUACCUUUCCAAUGAUUGACAAAGUUAGUUUCCCCCCACCAGCACCCUGUUUUGUAGCUGUUUGAAUAAUGACCAAUGGUGUGUGUCUGGUACAUAAAUAGGUUUGUCAUAAUGGCUUUCAUUCCUUUCAGCCUCCUAAAGCUAUACACCUGCCCUACUGGGUUAAGCACCCCUCUUCUUUCCUUGUGUGUAGAUCUCUCUUAAUCUAUUUUUCUAACCUUUCAAGGGUUUGUUCAUUACUCCCUCUCCCUUAUAUAUAUUUAUGCAGUUGCAGAAUGUUUGAGAAGAGUGUGGAGUUUACUGGAGUCUGACCAAUUUGAUUGUGUGGGGGGGCGUAUUUCCUAUUUAAAAGGGUUUUCUAUUCCCCCGGAGAAGAAUAAGAAUUUCAAGUCUCUUUACCAGCACAUGCCUACAGGGGAGGGGAAUCUUAGAUUCAGAGCAGGGAAUACUUUCCGAGAUGCAGACAGUUACUUGGCAUUUGAAACCAAGCUGCAUUGAACGUUUCCAGGAGCCCCAUCACUCAGCUGACGGUGGGAGUCAGCUGCGGUUGCCACUGAUGCUUUUAUCCUGGUAAGUCCUCAGUCAUACCCCAACCUCUCACUUCAUUUUCGAAAGCAGCAAUUUUCUUACUGUUUCUGAGUAUCUCCAGUGCCUGAAGCAAGUGAAAAACCCCACAAGCCUUCAUCCACUCGGCAAGGCAGAAGGACUUCAUGCAUUUGCCACUCUGCUGUCUUUUCCCCUGCACUGGAGUUGCUGUUCUCAGCCAUGGAGAAUGGGUGGGAGGUGACUGGUUUUUGCACCAGCCCUGUCACUCUGCAUGUAGGAGAGGGCAAGCCCUGGCUCUCCAGUGUGUGGAAAACCCGGGGAAGGGGAAGGGGAGUGGGGGCAACUUGGUUGUCAUUCUGGUUAUUUCACAGCUCCAUUUUGGUGGAUCCCUGAAUGUUUCCUUGGCCAUUGUGGUACUGUUGGUACUACUCCAUCCUAGUUUCCAGGUUUGCUGGCAUCUGCUCUUGUUUGAUGAGGGUUUCUUCUAAUCUUAGUUUAUUUUCUACGGAUAUGCAAAUAGAUAAUCAGAUAAACCCUAACACUUAACAGAAGGAGUAGUCCUGUAAACAUAAUACUACCACAAAUUGUUCACUCCAGAUAGAUCCUUCAUAAUGGUGAGCCGUAGCUAACACCGCUUGGCAUGUGUCUUCUUCAGGUGUUCCAAUAAUUAAGAAAAUGAGGCCAAUGCUUGCUUGCUUAUUCAAAAACUCAUACACACUCUCAAGUUCAGUGUAUUUUCCCAUUCCACCAAUGCCUACAACAUGUUAAUUAAUUAUUUGAGGCUCCCUGCCACACUUUCCUCAACUUUUCAUUCACAUCAGGAAGCAGACUGUUUUUUUCUAAAACUUUGGUAAAAAUACUAUAUCUAGCAAUAACAAAUCGGCCAAUUAAUCUUUGAUUCUUCCUCACAGUACCUGUUAGAUAACUACUAAUUUCUUAACAUUUCUUUAAUUAUUAAAACAUGUUUCCAGUACGGAUUUACUGAUCUAUACUGCUCCACACUGCCAUUUGUGGGGGUUUUUGGUCUCUGUUAAUGCUCUGUACAAAUAGCACACACAUUUCUUAAUCUGGCAGAUUUGUUUUCCAACAUGCACAGUUGUGUAAAAAACAUUGCCGGUGACACAUUGCAUAUAAUUUUUAGAAGCCUUUUUGAAUCGGUCUGUAAAUUCUUGGUCUAAAUCUGAAUAUCCUAGAUGGCACAUUAAAUUGAGCAGAGCCGGAAGGUGGUAUUCCAAGCUGAGGACUUCCUGGCUGGCUGAAACAUAGCAAAGGAUCCAAACUUCCCAUGCCGAGGCAGAAUAAUAGAGUGUGAGUAGAAAGAACAGACUCAUAUCCCAAGCUAACAAGGCCCUAAUCACACCUUCAAGGCCUUAUUUGAAUUUGGAGCCAUAGCUAAAUAGUUUGGUUUGAACUCCGUGUUUGGGGCUUCAAGCCAUGAAUGACAUCUAUGCAUUGUGACACUUGUCCUUCUCAAAGCUGAAAAAGAGCUUUCUGCUGUGGAUGUGUGUUUGAUAACCUCUUCAAUUUCUGCAGGGGCUUUAAAUGAGGUAGCCAAGUCAUUCAAAGGGGGUGGGAAUAGCAGGGGGGUACACCAAUGAGAUUUCUUCUUAAUAAGAUUGAUUUCAUGCUUCUACUUCUUCAGCUGAGUGUCAUGCUAAUCAGUUUAGCUUGUGUGUGUUUUAUUUAAGGAGCGGUAGUGCUUUCUGUCUCUUUAAAUUGGAACAUACCUAAUGGUUUUUAAUGAAGGAAAUGACAGCCCUGUCUGGUGUCUUCAUUGCUACAAACUCAUUUUAUGGAAACUGCUGAAGCUGGGUGACCACUUCCUAAAAAUGAAUUCCAUUAAACUGUUUAGGGUUGGGGGGGGGUUGCCUGAUACCAUCUUAACUGGAAGGGAAUGUCACAUUGACGUGUGAGUGUGAAUUCAGAGCCAAAGAGGUCUGUAGCUUGCUUGCUGCAGAGGAGUUUAUUUCAAGCACUAGUUACCUUAUAUUUUCCCCCUUCUCCAGUUCCCUAAAGUUUGGAGGUUAUUUGCUCAGGAAAUGUUGACAUUCUUAACCUUCUUUUGUACUCUUAGGUGACAAAUGCUUGUGAAAUGUAAAAAAUGUAUGAAAGAACCAAAUAGAAGCAACAUUAGUUGCUUUGGAAUUGGGGUUUUCCUUUAGCUCUAAUCUGCACCCUCUGAUUUAGAAUGCUAUAACUUUUGUUGUUGUUGAAAGGAACUCUCCAGUAUGUGCUCAGUUGAAAGUUAUUGCCUGUUCUAACACCUUAGCUGCUUGAACCUGGAUGAGAGGACAAACCUCUCCUUAUUUGCUGGGUAUAUUUACUUUUGCAUUCUUUUGAGAUCUGCAAAGUUUGAAAGAAUGUGGGUGGCUGGGGGCUCUCUGGUUGUCUUUUUUCCGUCUGCCAGAGCUGAGUGUGUGUUUCACUAGACAAACCACUUCACUCUCUCAUUUUCUUGGUGCCUCCAUCCCUUGUUUGUAACACCAAAAGGACAUUGUUGCAACAAAGUUGUGAUCAAUCCUUGCAAAAAAAAAAGUGUGUUUUAGACAUCAAAUAUGCCAUACCGACAGUAAUACAGUAGCAGUAAAAUUACAGAGCUUUUCUGGAAGGGAGACUUAUCAUAUUGCUGCUUUGUGAUGUCCAUUUAAACCAUGCAGUUUUUACGAAUAUGAACUUCAUGCAGUUGAAUCCCAGAGGGCUAGAGCGAAUAGAAAACUCCUCUUCCAGUUUCACUUAAAAAUCCUUUUCUUUAAAAAUAAUUCUUGGUCAUAAGUGUAGCUGGUAUGUUUUUCAAUGUUGUGUAAAGCUUUUGGGGCUUUUUGACUCUGGGCUGAUGUAAUGUUACCACUGUGAGCUUUGGUGUGGUCACGUUCCUCCUUAAACCAGUAAAAUCUAUAUCCAGGAACCUGGUGGGCUGGUGGAUGGCAUGCUACCUUCCCUUGGGAGAUGGCAACUUUGCCAUGGGAAGUGGCCCUGCCACUCGCUUCUUUGACGUGGGCAUGGAUGCAGUCGUUCACAAGUGCUGCGUAAGACUUGACCACUCGUAAGCAGUUCCCAUGCUGCAACUGUAAUUCCACAUUGGCCCUUGUUCGCUUCCACUGUGAUUUGGGUGCCUUCUUACCUAAGACCAGCUGGUCAGUUUGCAGCCGACAACUUGCUUUCUGCUGCAUAGUGCAGACUGCCCAAAGGCUGGAUCCCUGUUUCAUUGAUACGUGCUGACAAAGCAAAUGUGAUGGGUUGUUUUUCUGUGUGGGAACACCACUGUCCAUUGUCAGUGAUUUGCUUGUGCUGCUUUUCAUAUGUUAAAACUUAGGGCUGUACCCCCGAUAGUGUUUUCCUUCUGUGGCUGUCUUUAUACCUGCUGUGGUGACCUCUCUGACCAUGAAUCUGAUUUGGUAUUGGGGGUGUUGGGGGUGGGGAGAUCAUGUGGUGGAAAUUACAUGCAUCUAUGGGGAGGUGUGCAUAGCCAGUGAGCCCACAGAUCUAUGUGUUGCUUUGUAGGGUUAUGUGACUGAGUCCAUAACCGUUACAAAAAAAUGUUCUGUCUGAGUUAGUUCUUGUGUGAACAGAUUAGUGUAACCACCCUCAUCCCACCUAUGAAAAACCAAAUAUAGCUGACACUGAAAACUGACUUUGAGCAGGGAACUGUAGUCUGAAUUCCCAAAACGAUUUGGGCAUCCUGUCCAUUUGGCAUACAAGGUGUUUGCCUGGACAGGAAAAUGAAUGUACAGAUUGGAGGGAGACAUGGAGGAGGGGAAGGUUUUGUUUCAUAUGGUGUUGACAUUUAUUCCUUAAUUUCUACGUCACACCUGCCGCAGUUCCCUACACUGUCCUUUCUUUCCACUUAGAAACACCACACAUGUAUUCGGGGCUGCAACCCUAUUUACUUUGCCACAGGAUCUCACAAGUUGGGGAGUAGCAACAAUUCAUGUGCUUGUUGUAGAAGAGAGAUAUAUAGGAAAUUAACUUAAGCGAAACAGCCAUAUGCAUUCUGAAUAAUGCUCAAAAUUGGGACCAGGACAAACACACACAACUGGGAUCCCAAUAAUAUGGUCAUCUUGAGCGAUGGCCAGCAGUCAAGCAAUGUUUUGUGGCAGACAUUAUCUGUGUGAAUCGGUGCCUUCACGCAGAGUGCUGUAUAUGCCAACACAGCGAUUUCUGCUGUGUUAGUGGCACUUCUUGGAAACAGCACUAUCACAGAAAUUGGUGCAGAACCCAUGUGGAAGUUUACACACCUCCAUGUGAACAUGCCCUGCAUCUUCCUGAGGUGACUGCAUGCAUGUCCCUUGGUGGUUUCAGGUUUCCCUGUCACAAAAGACUCCAUGAGUUCCCUUUCAUGGAAGUUAGACUUCACACCCAACCACCAGCCUCUUUGAGGCUCAUCAUUUACAUUAAUGGCAUGAGAAACAAUGGCUUUGAAAUGAUGGGAUCAACUCCAUUAAUAUGCUGCUUAAAUGGCAGCCGAUGGCAGCCGUUAACACACGGUCACCGAUUUCACAAAUUACACCAAAUUACCAAGCAGCAACUACUGUGUGAAUAAUGUCAUGCCAUAAGCCUAUCCAUAUUGUUCAUAAAAUAGCUAUUAUCAGAUGUGGGUCAGAUACAGGGGUUCUUAAAGUAUGCUCAAACACACUGGCUGCUGUGGUAACCAAAAACUCGCUUUGCUGGUGCUGACCAGUCCUUGGGGGAGACAGACAAUGUCAGCUUCUCCAGAUGUUUUGACGUGAGGCCACCAGCUUUUCCCCAACUGCAACAAACAUGUGGAAACCACACUUGACUCACUUGGCUGCUUUGGUCUGCUGCUUACACAGACCUAACUGUGAAGUAUUGUAAUUCUCCUCAGUGCCUGUUGUUACCUAAUUUAAUCCAGCAUUAUUGUGUAUUGGGAGCAGGUAUUUUCUGCUGAACACUCCCCUCCCUUGAUCACUGUGCACUGUUCAGCCUGACAACCUUUUUCUGUACAAAUUGUAUUAAGUAUGACAGUCUAUUUGUCCCUGGUAUUUUUUUUUAAGACAGCUUCUCUGCACACGUAACUUUAAUGUCAAAUAUAUAUACGGUGUGAUCUUCCUUUUUUUUGUUUUCUAAUUGUGGAUUGAAGUAAAUUAAGUGGAAUUCCUAAUUGCCUGUAACACUGAAUGUACUGUGUGUCAAACAUGAACAAGUGUUUGUAAUGAAACUGGUUCUUGAUAGCUGUUUUUAAAAUUGAAACCCUUUUACACUUUGCAUAUUUGUACAGUUAAUUUGAAAUAAACCGGAAUUGGAAAUUUUAA